ACCCGCCGCCUUCCCAGCGGCCCCGGGCGGCCCGGGCAUGCCCAGUGCGGGCGGUGCGGCCCCGGCCCUGGCAGCGCCGGGCGCGAGGGGCGCGCAGGAGGCGAGCGGGCCCGCGGGGGUCUCGGGCCGGGCCGGAGCCGAGCGGCCGGGUCCCUCAUGAUGCAAGGUUUCAGGACGCCAGUGUCUCCACUGUGUGGCUGGUAGCUCGGACGGUGAAGAGAUGGCGGACAGUGUCAAGACCUUUCUCCAGGACCUCGCCAGGGGGAUCAAAGACUCCAUCUGGGGAAUAUGCACCAUCUCCAAUCUGGAUGCUCGGAUUCAGCAGAAGAGAGAGGAGCAGCGUCGGCGGAGGGCGAGCAGUGCCCUGGCACAGAGGAGAGCACAAAGCACAGAGAGGAAGCAGGAGAGCGAGCCACGAAUCGUCAGCAGAAUUUUCCAGUGCUGCGCUUGGAACGGUGGCGUGUUCUGGUUCAGUCUCCUCCUGUUCUACCGCGUCUUCAUUCCUGUGCUUCAGUCCGUAACAGCGCAAAUUAUCGGUGACCCAUCGCUCCAUGGAGACGUUUGGUCAUGGCUGGAAUUCUUCCUCACGUCAAUUUUCAGCGCUCUCUGGGUGCUCCCGCUGUUUGUGCUCAGCAAAGUCGUGAAUGCGAUUUGGUUCCAAGACAUCGCCGAUCUGGCGUUUGAGGUGUCAGGGAGGAAGCCGCACCCCUUCCCAAGCGUCAGCAAGAUCAUCGCCGACAUGCUCUUCAACCUGCUGCUGCAGGCGCUCUUCCUCCUGCAGGGCAUGUUUGUGAGUCUCUUUCCCAUCCAUCUGGUCGGUCAGCUGGUUAGUCUCCUGCACAUGUCCCUUCUCUACUCCUUGUACUGCUUCGAAUAUCGGUGGUUCAAUAAAGGAAUCGAGAUGCACCAGCGGCUGUCGAACAUAGAAAGGAAUUGGCCAUACUACUUUGGAUUUGGCUUGCCGUUGGCCUUCCUGACGGCAAUGCAGUCCUCAUACAUCAUCAGCGGCUGCCUUUUCUCCAUCCUCUUUCCUUUAUUCAUCAUCAGCGCCAACGAAGCAAAGACCCCUGGCAAAGCAUACCUUUUCCAGUUGCGCCUCUUCUCCUUGGUGGUCUUCCUAAGCAACAGACUCUUCCACAAGACGGUCUACCUGCAGUCCGCACUGAGCAGCUCUGCCUCCGCCGACAAGCUUCCCUCACCACACCCAUCUCCCGCCAAACCGAAGCCUGCCUCGGGCCACUGAGUCACCAGCCAGCCUCCCCCCCUCGGCCCCCUCCAAACCAGGGAAGGCAGGACCCACUCUGCCAAGGGCCCUGUGCGUUUUCCCGUCUCGGAGGAAUCGGAAGUUUCGUUUCUGGUGCAUGUAAGGCAGAAUCUUCCUGACUCCUGUAUGCAGAUUUUAAUUUUUUUUUUUUUAAACUCGGAUGAGUCUGCAAGGACCACAGGUCCGUCCUCAGCUCUUUUCUAGCAUCUGCCAGCCCCCGUCCCUGCCCUGUGUCUGGACUUAUUUGAAUACUUUUUCUCCCUGUGCCAUUUAUCUACUCCCCACCCCCCCCACCUUCCUGCCUCUCUCCACCCUCGGAUGAAUGGAUUUUGUAAUUCUAGCUGUCGUAUUUCGUGCCGUCGUCACUUCUGUUGUUCUCCUGUGAAGCACAUAUAUUGGAUGUGGGAGGGAGAGGGAGCGUCGCCGCUGCUCCCGGCCCUCCCGUUCUAGCCAUCACUGUCUUGUUUCUUGUAACUCAGGUUAGAUUUUUGGUCUCCCUUGGUCCACUGCAAAAAAGAAAAAAAAAAGUCUGUAAAGAGGGGACAGGAGGAAAGACCCCACAGCCAGAUCUGCCGGGGUCUAAAGAGUGAGUUUUCUUUCUUCCCCUUGAAGGGGAAUCAAGGUGUUUUCACUGGAACAUUUUUAAAGUUCCCCACCUGUAGGGAGGCACCAACAUUGGGUGAGAGCCGAGGCGGCAGACCUCGGCACCCGAACCUUUAAACUCUGGGGCCUGGACUUGCUGCUGGCCGCUGCUGCUCUGCCCACUGUUUCAGAGGAAAUACCGGGUGCUGCGAAUAGGAACUGGGGGGUUGAACUGAAUAAGUCCAUUAAACCUGUGGUUGGUGUUUUCCUGUUAUUUUAAGAGACUUAAGUAGGGGGGUGGGGGGAUGGGUCA